AGAAAAUUAAAUAAGACGGGGUGUAACUUAGUCGAAGGAUAUUUUAGUAAAUGUGGACUUAUCAGGUGGGGUUACUUUAGUAAGGUGAUGCAUAUUAAGUGAAUAUGGAAGAAGGGAUGGUUUUGACAGAGACCCUUAUGAGUUUGCAUGAUGAUGGUUUUACAAGGGUUUUAUAUUGGUAUAAAUAUGUGCAUUAUGUAAGAUAUUUACAUCACAAAAGUAAUAACACUAAAUGCAUUAGGAAACAUAAAUAUGGAAGAGCAUUUAGUGUCUUGGAGAAAAGGUCCAUGGACUGCUGAAGAAGAUCAGUUGCUUAUUAAACAUGUCAAACUGCAUGGCGAAGGAAGAUGGAACUCUGUGGCCAAACUUACAGGGCUAAAAAGGAACGCAAAAAGCUGUAGAUUAAGGUGGGUGAACUAUCUUAGGCCAGACCUAAAGAGAGGCAGAAUUACUCCUCAUGAGGAAAGAAUUAUUCUUGAACUACAUGCUCGAUGGGGAAAUAGGUGGUCAACAAUUGCACGGAGUUUACCUGGAAGAACAGAUAACGAGAUCAAGAAUUACUGGAGAACUCAUUUCAAAAAGAAGGGGGGAAUAAUGAGUUCAGAGGAGUCAGCAAAGCUAAAAACGCGCUUAUUAAAAAGACAAAAAUUUCAACAAGAACAACAAAAACAGCUUUUUCUACAAAAAAACGAAGACAUGAAAAGGGUGCUUUUGUUGCUCGAGGAAAGUGAUAACAAAGUAACUUGGAGUCACCAAGAUAUGGUUAAUAAUGAAAUACCAAGUGUCUUUUAUCCUUUGGUGUUUAACAAUUCUCAACAUGUGGUGGAAACCACCAUGAAUGAGGAUUUUACUUUGUGGGAUGGCUUGUGGAACUUGGAGGAUCUUUAUCCAGCCACAACCAAAGGUUGUGUGCAGAAUCUAACGAUGCCCACUCCUAUAUUUUGAUCAUCAAUAGUGGCCAAAUUAGCCACAUAACUCGUACCAGUAUUGUUUUCUUGAUGUAAG